GACUUUGACCUAACGAUAUUUCAAAACUGGAAUCGGAUUCGUGGGUUUCCUGGAUAUUACAUAAUUGAACCAUUUCUUCGCUCUUAAGAUCCCCUUAUCCAUCACUGAAUCGGACAAAUCCAUAUUAGAUUUUUUUUUGUUUUAUAAAAUUGAAUACGCAAGCCUUAUUUUACCUCGGUUGCUUACGGGAUUAGAGAAGAGAGUGAUCGGAAUUCUUGCGUUGGUUUCUUGUGAAGCGCGAUGCUCCACCGGAGUUUCAAGUCUGCGAAAUGCAAGACAGCUUUAAAGCUUGCGGCAUCACGUAUAAAGCUAUUGAAGAAUAAAAGAGAAGCGCAGCUGAAACAGCUGAAGAGAGAAUUGGCUCAAUUGCUGGAGUCUGGCCAGGACCAGACUGCCAGAAUUCGGGUUGAACAUGUGGUGAGAGAAGAGAAAACAAUGGCAGCAUAUGACCUCCUUGAGAUUUACUGUGAACUUAUUGUGGCACGCUUGCCGAUCAUUGAGUCACAGAAAAACUGCCCCAUUGACUUGAACGAAGCAAUUUCAAGUAUAAUAUUUGCAUCUCCAAGAUGUGCUGACAUACCUGAACUCAUGGAUGUACGGAAGCAUUUUACAGCAAAAUAUGGGAAAGAGUUUGUCGCUACUGCUGUUGAACUGCGUCCAGAUUGUGGUGUAAGUCGCCUGUUGGUUGAGAAAUUGUCUACGAAAUCACCUGAUGGUCCGACGAAAAUUAAAAUUUUGACUGCAAUUGCUGAGGAACAUAACAUUAAAUGGAAUCCUGAAUCCUUUGGAGACAAAGAUUCAAAACCCGCUGAAGACUUGCUGAAUGGGCCAAAUACUUUGGACAAGGUCAAUAAAAUGCCAAUGGAUUCUUAUGUUCAAGCUCCACAUAGUCAUAAUGAAAAAGGACCCUCAAAUGUCUAUGUUCCGUCUAUGAGAAAUGAAAAUCAUGAUUUACCUGUGAACUUGCAAGACUACAAUACUAGAUCAUCGGGCCACUCCCAUACAGAUAGCGAUGACACUAAGGCAAAAUGGUCUGCUCCUUCUCAACUCGAACCUCGGCCUACAGGAUCUAGUAAUCAAGGGAUGGAGUUUAGGCGGUUGUAUUCUGGAAAUGGAAGUACUUUUUCACCUGAUAGGCAGAACUGGAAUAUGGAAUUCAAGGACGCUACUGCGGCUGCACAGGCAGCUGCUGAAUCUGCAGAAAGAGCAAGUGUGGCUGCUAGAGCAGCUGCUGAACUUUCAAGCCGUGGACAUACCUCACAGCAAUAUUCAACAGAGUCACAAAGAGAUAAAGUGCCUCAAACGUUUUACCAAUCAACAAAUGAAAAUCAUGCAAAAGGUCCCGUAAAUAAUGCCCUUGAUAGAAGAAAUUUUAAGGCCGAUUAUGAACAAUUUCCCACCAAUCAGGAAGAUGAUAUGGCAGGGAUUGCUGACAGAUUUCAGAAAGACAGUUUCAAGAGCCUCAAUAAAUCUAUCCAAUCUGCUUCACUGAAGUCCACUGCAGCCUCUUUUGAUGGCAACCCAUUGGUGAAUAAUCCCCAAAUUGCUGAUGGAUAUUCUCGAAAAAACUCAUCUGAAAUUGAGCAGAAUGACCUUUUAGGUCAAGUUAGCUUAGAGAAGCAAUCUAGCACUUCUCAGGUAGAAUUAAUGAAUAAAUUGCAAUACGGUUUGAAUUUUAGUAGUGUUGAUGAGUUUGAAGAAGUAAAAGUCAGAAAGCAAACUGGCUGUGCCUCCUUUCCUUCUCAUUCAAGCACACUUAAUGAUGAUCAUGAGGCUGUAUCAAGUUUAGGGGGAGAUGCUGAUGAGAAUCCUUUCUCUAUUAAUGACAAAGGAAUUGCUCAAAGAAACUCUAGUAAAGUAAGUUAUCAUGAAAAUGCUGCUGCGGUCUUUGAUGAUUGUGGUUCAGAUGAGAUUGAAUACAAAAUUGAUUUAGAUGGUGAGCACAAGGGAGAUGGCUAUGGUUUGAAUUUCUCAUCUCCUAGUAAAACUACACCUUCUCAUGUUUUUUCAAAUAAGAAUGCUUGGAGUGAUAGGGAAAAUAUUGAUGAGUCAUGGGGGAAAUCUACUCCACAAUCCCAUUUCUCAAUGGAUCACCACUCUGGUUCUGUGUUUUCUGAGAGUAUGACUAGUUCAACAGUUCCUUCACAAUCAGAUAACAUGUUGCCUGCAACUUUUGAUGAUUCAGAGGGUCCAAGUUCAGAAAGUGAAGAGGAUCUUGAUAAGUCUAAGCUUGUUAGGAGCACAGAUACAAGUAAACACGAUGUUUUCACCAAAACUUCUGAGGUCAUCCUCAACAAGAGUAAUGAGUUUUUGGAUUCUUCUUUUGCAGAUAAGGGGGAGGCGGGGUCUGACCAGCCAUGGGUAAAGCCAUCUUUUGAUGUGACACCAGUGGAAGUACACUCGGGUAAAAACCAAGCAAUCAGAUCCAAUGCUGAAUCAGCAAGGAAGUCUGCUUAUGGUGAUGUGUCCACCAGUCAGUCAUCUCUGAGAGUGGGAAAAUCCCAAGUGGAUUUUAAUGAUGGGGAUGAGGAUUCAUACAACAACUCAUUUGAUGAAGGGAAACACCAGCAAUCUCAACGGCUUUCAAGAUUUUCACUGGGCCAAGAAGUCAUGGACAAUGUUCCCAUAGGACAGCUAGCUGAACCCAUAGAACAUACUGAACCUUCAGAUGUCUCCAGUGUGGAAAGUAGUAAUGAGUUGAACCUUGCAAAUUUGACUGGUGGAUUACGAAAUAAGGGUUAUAAGCGUCCACCAUUUAGUAUGAGCCCGUCAGGCUAUGCUUCAUUACCUAAGCAGACAGCCAAGGAUACUUCCACAAUUAAGGAAGCACAUUCUGCAACUGUCAGGGGUCCAAUUAAUCCUGAAGGCACAAAGCAAGAUUCAUACAGUAGGGAAGCGAAGGAAGCAGCCGCUGAAAAACCAAGCAUUAGAUCACAUUUUGGUUCUUAUGGUGAGGAUUCAGAUGACAAGCUCCCACAGCACACUUCUGCAAGCCAUAGAGAGCAAUUCAGUAAUAAAGCUGGGAUUGGAGAAAAUAAAAAGUCAAGCUGGAACCAGGUUCAAUAUUUUAAUGCUGAUGAUAGUGAUUCUGAUGAUGAUAUUCCUAAUCAAGCUUUGACAAGCAAAGCUCGUAUAAAUACCAGACUUUCUCGAAGGACAAAAGCCUCUCCUUUAAACUCUGAGAAAACUACAGUUACUUCAGAGGCAUUGGUAACAUCAGACUAUGGUGAUGAAAAGAAUUCUCCUUCAUGGAAUUUUUAUAAUAAUGAAACCAGACAAAAGCCGAUGUCUCAGAACAAGAGCUCAAGUCGCUUAGGAAGUUCCGAGCGGCCUAGGUUGGUAGAACAAGCAACUGAUGAAUCAAUUCCAGAGUCGAAGGGAUUGUCUUCUGACAAAAGUUUAAGGUCAUCAGUGAAGGAGCAGCCAACCAAUUUUCAACCAGAGAAGGUAACAUCAGGUGGCGCUGAAGGUUUGAAGUCUGCAAGUUCUAGCGUGUUGAGCCAAUCUAAGGAGAAAGCUAGUCAUGUUCACCCAAAGCUUCCAGAUUAUGAAGCAUUAACUGCACACUUACAGUCUCUCCGACAAAGCCGCCAGUAAUUUACUUCUGUUCUUAUAAAUAUAUAGGUAAUUUUGAUCUGUUGCUCACGUUUGCUUUUUUCAUUUUUUAAAUUUAUACUGUAUGCAUUAUAUAAUUUGAUGAUGGAUGAUGAAACAAGAGGCCAAUAAUUUGUCUGUCUGAAUCGGGUCUAUUUGCUCUAUUUUCUCUGUAAACCCAAAAUUUAGGUAUUGUUUGCUGCAAUGAAAUAAAUAAGAUUGUUUGGAGGAACUGGAGAUUGAAGCUAUGGAAUUCAGUCACAUGAUGAAUGUAUGAUCUCAACAAAAGUAGUAACUUUUACGAGUUUGAUAUUCCAUUUACAAUGUAAUAACUCUCCUAUAUGAGACAUUGAUUGUUGAGGUGGAUGUAAUAAACAGUAAUUUUAUGAGUUUCA